AUGGCAUCUGAGCACCAGCCACGCAAAGGCCUUCUCAUAAAGGGCGAUCCAAUAGCAGCCACGUUUCAAGCAGAAGUACAAGCCUCGCUAGAAAAACUAGGCCGCAAACCGAAACUCGUCGGCAUCCUAGCCACCUCUUCAGCUCCGAGUAAAUUUUAUGCCGAGUUCACGAGGAAGCAAUGCGAACGACUGGGCGUGGAAUUCAUUCUGAAGAAGACCGGAGCUGCUGAAGAUGAAGAUCGGGAAGAAGGUAUAAAGAAGGGAGAAGGGGAGGGCGUGGAAGAGGCGAUCAUCGAAGCGAACGAAGACGACAGUAUUGAUGGAAUCAUGGUUUACUAUCCUAUCUUUGGGGUCCAGCAGGACCACUAUCUCCAGCAGAUCGUAUCUCCCUUUAAGGAUGUUGAAGGUCUCAACUUCAAAUUUCAUUACAACCUCUACCAUAACAUCCGAUUUAUCCAGCCUCAGUCACUGAACCAAGCCUCUUCAACACUGCCGGUAGGCGUCGAAGUGAAUACUGAAAUACCUCCUCCGGGGACCGUCAAGUCAAUAUUGCCAUGUACACCCCUCGCCAUCGUGAAAUGCCUGGAGCACGUCGGGGUGUACAACAAAAUUCUCCCAUACGGAGACCGCGCAUACGGAAAGACCAUCACCGUAAUCAAUAGAUCAGAAGUUGUCGGACGUCCACUCGCAGCCCUCUUGGCCAAUGACGGUGCCCGAGUCUUCUCUGUCGACAUUGAUUCCAUUCAAGAAUACACCAAGCGCCCUACCACUUCUGAAUCUGCUGCUGCCCGGCGUUAUCACCCCCACCAUGUCGCACAUCCCACGACACUGACUUUGGAACAAUGUCUAUCACAAUCCGACGUAGUGAUAUCUGCCGUUCCAAGUGAGGGUUACAAGGUCCCUACUUCAUCACUUAAAGACGGAUGUAUCUGCGUGAACGUUAGUGCAGAGAAGAACUUCCAAGAAGGGGUCCGAGACAAAGCCUCGAUGUACGUUCCAGCCGUAGGAAAGGUGACGAUUAUGAUGCUACUGCGGAACCUCCUGCGGUUGAUUGAGUAUAAGGCGGUCGCCCCGGGUCCCUAG